AUGACCGACCCCGUUGCUGAUACCCCCGCCAUGGACGAAUUUGCGCAGACUCGUGGCGCCGAUGACCUGUUCGACGAUGAAAUCGUGCCUGUGGCCGCGGAGCCAGAGGUCCCGCCGGAAGUGCAAGCCUUGGAAGAGAAUGUCGCUUCGCUAUCGUUAGAGACCCAAACCCCGCCGCCCCGUACCGAAACCCCUCCACGGUCGCGUGGGGGCGAGAGGCGAGGACGUGGCAGAGGAAAGGGACGCGGUGGCAGACAAGGAUCGCAAAAUUCAGCUUCGAGGCGGGGUGAUGGAGCAAGGACAAAGCCCGUGGAUGAUGCUGCUGCCCAGAACGAGAAGAAUAAUGGGGAACCCGCCAAGGAUAUGUCUGCUGAAGCGACAGAACAAGCAAAGAAGGAAGACCCAGCCUCAGACUCCAAACCCUCCGCCGACGCUAAUGGGCAACGCGUGCCAGCGGUGCGCGGCGAUCGGAGUGCUACAGGUGGGAUUAAAAAGCCAAAACUCACAGAGGAGGAACUCUCUCAACGUAUCGCCGCGGCGAAGGAGAACGCUGCUCGCAAGGCUGCCGCCCACGCCCGUGCUGAAGCCGACCAAGCCUCCUUCCUUGAACGAGAGAAGGUUGCCGAAGAGAAGCGACGCCAGGAACGCCAACACCGCCGUGUGAUGGAUAACGAACGAGAGCGCAAUCGGCAGCGAAAACUUCAGGCUCUGGGCGGGAGAGAGUGGGAUUCGCAGAAGCAGGAGGAAGAUUAUAACCCCCGCGGAGGUAGAGGUGGAUACCGACGAGGAAUGCACGGCGGUGUCUCUGGAUACGCUCGACGAGACUUUGGAGACUCGCAACCAGAUGAAGAGACGAACAAUCACCACCAUAACAGCCCUCGAGGCCGGGGUCGUGGCGGUAGAGGUGGUCGUGGACGCGGUCGUGGGCCACGACCAGACAUUCCACCAUCUGAAGGCGCAACGAAUGAGCCAAUCUCCACCGAGCAAAAGCCCGCGCCAACUCCAGUCAUCAAUAAUGAAGCCGAGUUCCCUUCCCUGCCUGGCGGUAGUAAAAAGGAGAGCACGGCCGACACUGACUCUACUGCGGCUAAGCUCGAUGCGGUCCUAUCGCCGAUAUCUGCAAGCGGUGCUACAUGGGCGGAACAAGUCGAGAACAACUAG